CUCCGCCACCCUUUGCAGGCUGGUCAGGGCAGGGACGUUGGAUCGGGCCAGGCAGAAACCAUGCUGGCCACAGAGGUGGCUGUAACGGGGAGCCACGCUUAGAGGAGCACCAGGAGCGGGGCCUCGUGCAAGGCACCAGCACCAUGUUCAGCCGGUCGGGAUACCAAGCCCUUCCCUUGGGAGACUUUGACCGCUUCCAGCAGUCCAGCAUUGGGCUUUAUGGUGCCCAGAAGGACUUCUUCUCCUUUGGAUCCAAGCAAGACCCUCUGGGGCCAGCUGGGAAUACUGCAGACUCCUCCCAGAGCUGGCUGUCCUGGAUCUGCCAUGGGAUUAUCACCUCCUUGGUCUUCUUGCUGAUGGUUGCCACCUUCCCCAUCUCAGGAUGGUUUGCCUUGAAGAUUGUGCCCACCUACGAACGAAUGAUUAUCUUCCGCCUGGGACGUAUCCGGGCACCACAGGGACCUGGCAUGGUCCUGCUACUGCCCUUCAUUGAUCACUGGCAGCGAGUGGAUCUGAGGACGAGGGCCUUCAAUGUGCCCCCCUGCAAGCUGACUUCCAAGGAUGGGGCAAUCAUCUCCAUGGGUGCUGACGUCCAGUUCCGAGUGUGGGACCCCGUGUUGUCCGUCAUGAUGGUGAAGGACCUCAUUGCGGCUACUCGGAUGACAGCGCAGAACGCUAUGACCAAGACCUUGAUGAAGAAGAGUUUCCGUGAGAUCCAGGUGGAGAAGCUGAGGAUCGGGGAGCAACUGCUGCUGGAGAUUAAUGACAUGACCAAGUCCUGGGGCCUGGAGGUGGACCGUGUGGAGCUGAGCAUGGAGGCUGUGCUGCAGCCACCCCGGGAGAACCUGGUGGGCCCUCUGGCCACCAUGCCGCCUGGGCUGGAGGGGCUGGAUGGCACCAUUCAGCAGCUGGCUGCCCAUUUCUUCAGCAACACCUUGGCUCUGGCAGGCAGCGGGACUGGUGCUCCAGAGGCAGCAGACAGUGUGGAGACAGUGAAUGAGGUGGAGCCUCCCACUGCUCCCCUCCUUACCCCUGCCAGCAGUGCCCAGAGGAAGACCAGUGUGGACGAGCUGCUCUCAGCAGUGGAGUCUGUCCUCUCCGAGGCCCUGGUCAGACAGGUGGGGGCAUCCUACCAGGUUGACAUCACCCUGCCUAGCGGCACCCGGAGCACCUACUUCAUCGACCUCUCCUCAGGCAGCGGGUGGGCUGGCCGUGGUGUGCCCAAGAGAAGCCCUGACGUCAUUCUGGAGGUGGCAGAGAAAGACCUGCAGGACCUCUUCUUGGGUGACCUGCGCCCCUUGAGUGCCUACAUGAGUGGGAAACUGCAGGUGAAAGGCGACCUGCACCUUGCCUUGAAGCUGGAGGAGCUCAUCAAGGCGAUGAAGCAAGAUAGAUAGAGCAUGUGUGUGGGGGGGUGUCUGUGUGCACGUGUCUCUGUAGGUAUGUGAAAGGAGGGACAUAUUGGGGUGUUGUGUGGUGGCGGCCUUGCCUUGCUGGAGGUUCUGCUGCUCUUCCCGUGUAGGCUGCACGAGUUGGGUGAAGAUCUGAGCAGGGAUGGGAACCUGUUGGCACCUCAGCAUGGGCCAGUUGACUUCCAGGUCCUUUGGCCAGUAUGCCAGGGCACAAACCCAUGUCCUGCUGCCCUUACAAUGGGCUUCAUGGCUGAGCGUCUUGGACUUGAAGGGGCAUGAGCUGAGCAGAUUGUGUGAAGAGUCUGGGGACACUGGCCAAGGACGGCAGUAAUGUGGUGGGGCAGCGUGGGCAGCUGAAGCAGGGCAUGAGGGUGGGCUGGGCCAGACUGCGAUGCCACCAACAGGGUUGGGAUUGGGGUCCAACGUGGCCCUGCUGAUGGAUGCUGCAGCCUAUCCUUUGCUGGGAAGGAGCAGGAGUGAUUUUGGGCAACAAUCUGCCUGGAGGUGCUUGGGCCAUCCCAACAGAGAGGUUUGUAAUAAGUGCUUGUGCUAAUUUGUGCUUCAAAGUGCUCUUGCAUGCGUGCUGUGAGGUUUGUCCGUGAGGAGUGUGUGGACUGUAAAUAGGCAUAUAGAGAUAUUUAUUUUGUAAGCUUCCUUUGUAUCAGCUCUCAACGGACAAUAAAAGCAUUGCGCUUAGGCAGUGAUGGGCUGAUGAUCUGCAGGCAGACGGGGCUGCAUCACUCGGUGCCUCAGUUUCCCCAGGGGAUCCCAGGGUGCUUUGUAAAGGCACCACAUUCUGGCGAGGGAUCUGCUGCCAGUCAAAGAGGCUGUGUGGUGGGACUCCAUCUCACCACAUCAUAGAAUAGGUUGGGUUGGAAGGGACCUUAAAGCCCAUCCAGUUCCACCCUCCUGCCAACAGCAGGGACACCUCCCACUGGAUCCAGUUGGUCAAAGCCCCAUCCAACCUGGCCUUGAACACCUCCAGGGAUGGGGCAGCCACCACUGCUCUGGGCAACCUGGGCCAGGGCCUCACCAGCUUAAUCAUGAAGAAUUUCUUCAUAAUAUCUAAUCUAAAUCUUUCCCUUUCCAAAUUAAAGCCGUCUCUCCUCGUUCUGUCCCUGCACUCCCUGAUCCAGAGCCCCUCCCCAGCUUUCCUGGAGCCCCUUUCAGUACUGGAAGCUGCUCUAAGGUCUCCCCAGAGCCUUCUCUUCUCCAGGCU